AUGGUGUCAAAGAGGAUGGACAGGGUGGUGCACAGAGACCUGAAGCCCAGUAACAUCCUCUACGUGGACGAGAGCGGGAACGCAGAGUCCAUCAGGAUCUGCGACUUCGGUUUCGCCAAACAGCUGAGAGCAGAGAACGGGCUGCUGAUGACGCCGUGCUACACCGCUAACUUCGUCGCACCCGAGGGUUACGAUGCCGCCUGUGACAUCUGGAGCCUGGGAGUCCUGCUCUACACGAUGCUAACGGGAGGACCGCCGGAGGAGAUUUUGGCUCGUAUCGGCAGCGGGAAGUUCUCCCUCACUGGAGGAUACUGGAACUCCGUCUCUGCUGAGGCCAAGGAUUUAGUGUCCAAGAUGCUGCACGUGGACCCUCACCGGCGGCUGACGGCAGGUCAGGUCCUCCGACACCCCUGGGUGACACACCGAGACCAGCUGCCCAAAUACACCCUCAACAGACAGGACGCGCCGCACCUGGUGAAGGGUGCGAUGGCCGCCACCUACUCGGCGCUCAACAGGAACGUCCCCCCGGUGCUGGAGCCGGUGGGCUGCUCCACUCUGGCCCAGCGGAGGGGGAUGAAGAAGAUCACCUCCACCGCUCUGUGACCUUUGACCUCCCUCACCUCUCAACUCUGACCUCGCUCUGACCUCCACCGGACCCCCCCCCCCCCCCCCACCCCCAGCCUCUUCCUGUUUCUGGUCUGGGGGGACAGACUACUGAUGGACCCAGGAACCGCUAAACGCCAAAUAGGAACGCAGAGACCACCGCCCCCGCUCCCAGCCCCGCCCUCCGUCCUGCACCUUAACGGACUCUUCUGAUUGGCUGGUUAUCUCUCAGCGUCACCGAGCUGUGAUGAAAACCUGUUCCUGUCUUUGCUUCGGACAAUCAGCGGCGCCCUCGCAGACCCGGAGACGGAGCGCGCGUCAAGAGAAUAAAAGUACUGUAUUUAUUUACUUCGGGGGAAAUCUGAACACAGGAACACGGUAAUCUAACGUCUGCUUUCAAAGCGCUGGGGUCGUUGUUAUUAUAUCGUUGUGACGCUUCUGUAGAUCCGAUAUUUAAACCUCAAGUAGCCUCCGAGAUCUCGGCGUCUGCAGAGACGCAGCCUCGGCCUCAAAGUGUUUAAGAUUCGCCUGCAGAAAUGAAAAAUCAAGACUUAUGAAAGGGGACGUGCACCAUGUUGUAUUCGGGUCAUUGUAGGUCGAACAGAAUAAUUACGGAGCCGGGGGAGGGGGGGGAUACUCCUACACACAAUAUUUACAUUCACUCGAAGAGAAACCUGAAUAUUAACAGAACUCGCCAUCUGCUCCGUAAUUAUUCACUUUUUUAAUCGUACAAUGGCGUUAAUAUGGCGUCGUGGAAACAUUUACUUCAAUCUAAGUUCGCACUUGAUGUUUUUGGGAUAAAGAAAAGACUCUCAGGAGCAUGCUUUUGUUUUGAAAAUGUAUUGUGUACGUCUCACACACAGAGAGACUUCCUGUUAUCAGUAUUUCAAGGUGAUGUGUUCACAGUCCAUCAGACAUCAGUCAUUCGAUGACGUAUCUCUCCAGACUUUGUUUUAAACCUCGCGAUGUUUAGAUUCUUCCCGUAAUGUACAAAAAUGUUUCCUUUAAUCGUGAGAUGAACCCGAAAAUUAGAACCUGGGAACAAAUGUUGAUUAAGAUUAAGCCUUAAUAUUGUUUUUUUUGUUUUGCACGAGGCAACUUUGCAUCCUGUGGCGCCCUCUGGUGGCAGCACGAGGGUUUAUAUAUGUGGAAGGUAUUUAAAAUUAUGCAACGUUAAAACAGUAAACUGCACAAUCUGGACUAUCCUCGUAUUCGAUUCACUAAUCUGGAGCUUGGAACUAAUUUAUGCAAAAAACAAGGUGGAAGAAGUACUCAGAUAUGUAACUAUUAAAUAAAAUAAAGUAAAAGCUGCAAUACCACAGAGUAAUAAAUACACUUCGCUCAUUAAGCAGAAAGGUCUGUAAUGUAUAUAAUGUACUUUAUAUUCUGCGGGGUAGGUCGAUAGUAACACAUCAUAAUUUAUUUUAUUUGAUAGCUUUUUAUAUUUUGUAGUAAUUAUCUGAAACAAUUAGAGAGUAAAAGUAUCAAGUAACUCAAAUUGUACUUUGUGAGAACAUAAAGCAUCUUUCCGGCCCGUAAAACAAUAACUUUGUGUGUUAUAUGUGCAGCUUUAAGACGUGUCCGUACAUUUAAAUGACAUUUCAAACAUCCUGAAAGCGGCUUUAACUCGAGGAGACGUUUGCACGUGGCCGCACAUCUCUGUCCUGCUGAGGAGCAGCGUCCUCGUCUUACCUGGAAUCAAGGUGACCUGGUUGGAUGUUUAAAUUUAAGAAAAGACGAGAGAGCUUUUAAACAAUCUGAGAAGACUUGACCUUGUGUGACCUUCUUCUGUACGAGCCGACUGAUCAUCUCUGUGCGUGCCGCAGACGGGAGCCCAACUGUAAAUAAUUAAACGUACGAGCAACUCAGGUUUCUAUGAAUCAAGACAAUGCAUUUUUUUAAUAUAUCUAAGAGGAGAGAGGUGUACAGAGAAUAAAAUAAGCACACAGAUGUGAGGAGGUGAGCAGGACUCGAGGAGGCGUUUAUCAGACAACCUGACGGCUCCAUUUUGUCUUUUGUCUCAAACGUCUCGUUUAGUUUCAGACGUCCGGAGGCGUCUUGUCUUCGUGUAACGAUCUUCCCUUUAAACUCAAAGUGGAGCAGGAAGGUAAACUCAUUUAAACACCUUUAUAUUCAGAACUGUUGGAGGUUCAGCAGUGAAGAAAUUAAAGGCUUUAUUUAUUAAUGCAAGUUUAUGCAAAAUCAGAGGUCGGGGGAAUCCUGACUUCUCGUGCCUGAUGUGCUCCUAAAACACUGGAUACUACACUUCCCAUAGUGCAACAGGGGAAAGGGAAUAUUGAAUAGCUGCUAAGUGGAAGACGUUCUAGGAAAUGAUUGACCUGUGAAACAAAGCUUAGUUUUGGGUGCACUGGCCCUUUAAUUACAACACACAUAUUCGCUGAACAAACCUCAGACUGAAGACAACCAGCGAGCACGAAACUCAAACAAACUCUGUCCUGCGUCCUCCAAACAUCCUGUAAUCUUUCUGUGAAUGAUUAGAAACUGCUUCCUCUGCUCUUCUGAAUGUGCGUCAACAUAAAGGGAUUACUGCUCUAUAGAUUUUCUUUUAUAUAUAAUAUGAAAUAUAUAAAUGUUGUUUGCCUCGUCUAUCGAUGUACAGCUCUGGGAUAAAGGAAUGUAAAAGGAUUUGUUUUCUGUAAUUAUGAACUGGGGAAUAGCUUUCUUCUUCUUCUUCUUCUUCUUCUCUUUCUUCUUGUCUCCAUCCUCUUCUUCUUCUCUUCCUGAUCCUGUCAGCGUUCAGCCCUGCUGCUACGCCAGCUCUCUGUUUUUGUACCUGCAGCGAGAGUUGGACUUUCUAUUAAAAACAAUAAAAAGGAUAAUCAGCUGAUCACA